AUGGCGUCCCCGCUUACACUGCGCGAGCUUGACACACACGAGAGGGACGACCAGCUGCUCCUCGAGCGCUUCGAGCUGUGCCGCCACGAUGUGGCGCGUGUGUCGUCGAGCCCCAUUCUGCCCGACUGCAUUGCUGUGACGACAAAGGGCGGUUUCGUGGAGCUCAUUAACAUUGCCACCGGGGCGUUCCGCGUGUUUCUCAGCCACUUGGGCGGCACGCCGCUGGAGUCGCCGCUGCGCUGCUUCGCCCUUGUGCCGGCGCUCUACGCCGCGCGUGGCACGCACCACCUGCUGUACUCCAUCGCGUACUCGAACGAGCUGCUGCUCGCCGACAUGGAGUGCGGCGGGGUGGAGGUGCUCGCGACCUUUCAUAGCCGGCCUAGCGUCGUCUUCUGCGACGGCGACCACAUGGCGUGCGGCGAGGGCUGCGGGCAGGUGGCGUUGUGGCGGGUGCACGGCGGUGCGACGCUCGUGUGGCGGCGACCGGUGUUCAGCGACACAGUGAUCUGCCUCACGGUAGAGCGGGAGUAUGUCUGCUGCGCGUCAGCGGACUAUCGCUGCCAUGUACUGUCGCUCACAUCGGGUGAAGUCGUCGCGACACUCGCGCAGGAACCAGCGCCGGCUGUGGCGCUGCAGCCUAUUGCCGACGCGCAGCUCAGCCGCGGCCUCACUGCUGUAUGUCUUCCCGGCGUGCUCUCCGUGUAUUCACCCCCACACAAGGACGGCGUUGUUGCCGUCACUGCUGCAGCAGCAGCAGCGGCAGCAGUAGCAGCCACAGGCACUGUGUGGGAAUGCGUGGGGGCGUUGCGCCUCGACGUGCAGAUCAGCUGCGCAAGUUGCUGCGCGGGCUUUAUGGCAUUCGGCACGAACUCCGGUGUUGUUCUUCUUAUGGGUGUUGACGCCGUAAGCGGUGCGGUGGAGGAGCUUGUGCGGUUUGACGUUGGCUUCGCCGUUGUGGGUGCGCAGCUCUUUCCGAGUGGCACACUGGUGGUGGUGACGUCCGCCGGAGAUGUGUGGAAGUGGGCCGUCACCGACCUGCUGCCGGCGGAGGGCGAUGCGGCGGCGGAGAGCGAUGACGUGCCGCUGCCGAACUUGCAGCCGCCUGCUGCAGAAGAACUAGCAACAACAACAAAAGUAGAAGCAGUAGCGGAGGCGGCAACGAGCCAGGGCGAGAGGGAUGACGGCAGUAGCAGCCAACAGAAGGAUGAGAGGAGCUGUGAUGACGAGGAUAGUACGGAAGAUGAGGAGGAGAUUGUGGUCGUGAUGGAUGAAGACGCCGCGUCGUCUUUAUUGUCGUCGUCAUCGUCGUCGCGAAGAUCGGCGGGAGAAGGGUAUGACAUUGGAGUGCUGCGCGAUGGAGUGGGCGAUGCUUCGCUCGACCCCAACCUCAUCACUGAUGAGAAGCCCAGCAGCGAUGCUCCUGCUGUCGCUGUUUGUGGUGAUGUUGCAUCACUGGGGGCUGCGGCUCACGACGCGGCUGACGGCGGCUGGUCGGAGCGGUCCCUCCCGCCAAGCAGCAUCAGUGUCCUGGGCUGCACCACUGGCGUAGCGGACACCUUGCGGAGUGCCUGCGUUGCCCCGCUCCGGCCAUCGCCAAACGCCGACACGCCGCUGCUGCAGCCCGUUCCUGGUACUGCUGGUGCCAUUGGCCGUGAUGCCAAGGAGCAGCACCGAGACGAGGCGAUGGUGACGAAGAACGAUGCCGCCGCCAAGCGUGGCUCCACCUCGUCGUUGUCGCCGCACGCACUGCAGCAGGCGCUGCGUGGGGCCGAAUUGGGGCCGCCAGCCGUGAUCAGUGGUCUGCGCGCGGGAAGACGCAUGGACCCACGCAAGGCACGCCACAUUGUCGAGAGCGGCGUCCCCGCCACGCUGUCAACAACAACAACAACAACAACAGUGGCAGUGCCCUUGUCGGUGCCGGAGAGCCAAAGCUCGAAGAUGCUCGUCGACCAUCGCCAGGCCCUCGAAGAUGCGGCGUUCAGCUACGCAGAGUACGCCAAGAUGCAUCCACUCAAAGUGGAGGCGCUCAAGUACCGCUACCCUGUGAAGCUUCCGGUGUACGGGCUCCACGAGCAGGUGUUUGUGCCGACAGACGCACGCCUGAAGGACCGCCCCGAAAACAACGAUGGGAAUGUCGAGGGCGGUGACGCGCACAGUCAACCACCGCCACAACCGCCGCUACGGCAACAACCACCAGUCAUAGACGACCUUAUGGAUGCGACGUUUCGGAACUUCACAAGGCGAAAGGACGCCGCUCUCGAGAAGGAGCGUCGCCGUGGGGGUCCAGAUAUUCUGCGCCAUUCAUGCGACAGUCUUCUGUUCACUCCACCAGACGCGAGCGCCACCGUUCUCUUCAAUGAGUACCGCGUACAGCCUGGCGUGCCCGACACACUUCUUCUGCCCAUGCCGCUGCCGCCCACACCAUCCGUAUUUUGA